AUGAGUUUGAUUUCUAACACUAACCUAUCUGACAAGGGCGUUACCGUAGUACUAGGCUCGCAAUGGGGCGAUGAGGGUAAAGGGAAACUGGUCGACAUUAUAGCACAAGAAGCAGACAUAUGUGCUCGUUGUGCCGGUGGAAAUAAUGCGGGUCAUACUAUUUUUGCUAAUGGGAUCAAGUAUGAUUUCCACCUUAUUCCGUCUGGGUUGAUUAAUCCAAAGUGUACUUCAAUAAUUGGCUCAGGAGUCGUAGUUCAUUUACCAUCUUUUUUUGCUGAAAUUGAGGAUUUGGAGUCAAGGGGUCUCCAAACUGAUGGAAGGAUACUUGUGUCAGAUCGUGCACAUUUAGUGUUUGAUUUCCACCAGAUUGUUGAUGGUCUGAAAGAAGUUGAGCUUGGUAAUUCAAGCAUUGGUACAACAAAGAAAGGGAUUGGGCCGGCAUACUCGUCAAAGGCCUCCCGCUCUGGUCUAAGAGUUCACCAUUUAUCGAAUCUUCAAACUUUCGAGCAGAAAUUUCGAAGGUUAGUGGAAAAUAGGCGAAAACGAUAUGGUAACUUUGAAUAUGAUGUCGAGGCUGAGAUCGGGCGCUAUAAGCAAUACGCUAUCCGGCUAAAACCUUUCAUAAUCGACAGCGUGUUAUACAUGCACAAAAAUAUUAACGCGCGUCAAAAGGUCCUUGUUGAGGGAGCCAAUGCGUUGAUGCUCGAUCUCGACUUUGGCACUUACCCUUUCGUAACUAGUUCCAAUACUGCGAUCGGAGGAGUGCUCACGGGGCUAGGAAUCCCGCCAAGUAAGAUCGAAAAGGUGAUCGGUGUGGUGAAAGCUUACACGACGAGGGUCGGUAGUGGACCGUUUCCUACAGAAUUGCUUGACGCGACUGGUGAUCACUUGCAACACGCAGGUGCUGAAUUUGGCACCACAACUGGGCGUAAACGGCGUUGUGGGUGGCUUGAUCUCGUCCUUCUAAAAUACUCGACUCUAAUAAAUGGUUACACAAGUAUUAAUUUGACCAAGCUUGAUGUCCUGACAAAUUUGCCCGAAAUUAAGGUAGCAACUGCAUAUCUACUAAAUGGUGAACCACUAGAAAGUUUUCCAGCUGAUCUCGAUGAACUAGAAAAGAUCACUGUGCAUUAUGAGACUUUAUCAAGUUGGAACACUGAUAUUUCUAAAUGCAGAUAUUUCAAGGAUUUGCCAGUCAAUGCGCAACGUUAUGUCAAAAUGAUUGAAGAAUAUUUAAACGUUCCUGUCGAAUGGAUUGGCGUAGGGGUGGGACGAGACGAUAUGAUCGAUCUGAAACUAGAGAACUAUAUAGACCAACCUUCCUCUGUGUAA